ACGUUUUUCUGUCUAAACUUUGAUCACCUUCUCCUGUCCGACGGGGGGCGGUAAUGAGCCCUUUCCCUCUUGCAGCAAUGACAGCAAAGCAGUCUAACGUCGAGAGGCGCUUCCUGGUUACAGUGAGGCUAAGCUAAGGGCUAGUUCGUUCCUCCUGGGGUGUUGUUGUGCCUCCUCCGCCCAGCAGGUCUCCUCCUCAUCGUUUUUCCGGUGACUCCAGUUAGUGACAGUCAGACGUGCAGGUCACUUGUAAACGCUCGUUCACCGGGAUGUCUUUCCUGGAGAAGCCAUCCCCCGGUAAACCGCUGCUGGACGACACGGUCCCCCUGACGGCGGUGAUCGAAGCCAGCCAGAACCUGCAAUCCCACACGGAGUACAUCAUCAGAGUCCAAAGGGGCGUGUCUGCAGACAACAGCUGGCAGGUGGUUCGCCGCUACAGUGACUUUGAUGUUCUCAACAGCAGCCUGAUGGUUUGUGGCAUCAGUCUCCCUCUUCCUCCUAAGAAGCUGAUUGGAAACAUGGACAGGGAGUUCAUAGCAGAGAGGCAGAGAGGACUGCAGGCCUAUCUGGACUCCAUUACCCAGCAUCCACUGCUUUCCAGCUCCCUGACUGUCAAGAAGUUCCUGGACCCCAACAACUAUUGUGCCAACUACACAGAGAUCGCCCUGCAGCAGGUCUCCAUGUACUUCAGGUCAAACCUGAAGUGGGAGGUGCUUGAGCCACUCAGAGACAUUGGCUGGAGGAUAAGGAAGAAAUAUUUUUUAAUCAAGAAUAAAGAACAGCCCAAAGAGAGGUAUCUGCUGAGCUGGGUGGACCUGGGUCCUGAUAAAUUUCUGUCGGACAAAGACCUGCAGUCAGCCAUGAAGCUGUUUACCAACCUCUCUACACCGUAUCUCUGUCCGCUGUUGUUCUCCAGCACCAGUGAGUCUUCAGCUCUGCUCAUCCGGCCGUUCAGUGAGAAAGGCUCUCUGAGAGACCACAUCUGUAAGGCAAAGCCCAGAGAGAGUUACCUGAAGAAGUACUGUAACCCAAAGAAGAGUCAGGGUCUUGAACUGCCGCAGAUCAAACUGUAUGGCCGUCAGAUCCUGGAGGGUCUAAAGCUCCUCCAUGAAGCAAGUGUCUUUUUUGGUCACCUGCAUGCAUCCAAUGUCAUUGUGGACAAUGGCGUGUGUCAACUGAUGGACGUGGAAAAUGGCAUGCUGGGAGUUCCCUCUGUGUUACGACCCAGCUUCACCCAGCUCAGGAAGAUCAAUACCACAGAAAGCAUCGACGUCUUCUGCUUUGGACACAUACUAUUCGAGAUGACAUAUGGUCGACCGCCAGACAGUGUUCCUGUUGAUCAAUACCCCCCUGUCCCCUACACAACUGUGGUGUCUGUGCUGCAGUCCAUUCUGUCCACAGAAGCCUGUAAGAGUGGGAUGCCCACAGUGUCGCAGCUCAUUCAGACACCGCUGUUCAGCGAUGUCAAGCUCCAACAGUCAGAUAAACUCCAAAUAAAGGUUCCCAGUAGGCUGAAGGAGGCCUUGAAGACAGCAAAGGAGAGCCUUGAAAAAAGGCUUCAGGAGGAGCAGAGAGUACUACAUCAGCACAGAAGGCUAACCAGAGCUCAGUCUCACCACGGCUCAGAGGAAGAGAGGAAGAGGAGGAAGAUUCUGGCGAGGAAGAAGUCAAGACAGUCAGCUUAUGAAAAUGAAGAAGACGCCUCAAUCAGAAACAACAAUAAUUCUGGCUCUGGAGCCAGUUCCCCUCCCACAUGCCCAUCUUCACCCACCCCCCCAUCCACCACAGGAGCCCAGACUGCUCCCCCUCCUCCCCCUCCUCCUCCUCCUCCUCCUCCUCCCUCCACGUUGGACUCCUCAUCUUGUCCUCCUCCUCCUCUGUCCUCCUGUGAUGGAGCAGGGGGAGGUCGUUCCGCCCUGCUGAGCUCCAUCCAGACCUUCAGUAAAGGUAAACUGAAGAAGGCAGAGACCACCAACCGCAGCAGACCUGUCCCCUGACCCCGCCCACUGCCACAAUUAUUCCUUGACCUGGAAAACAUCAUUACAGCGACAUGACGACCCAGUGGUUCUGUAUUGUAGUCUGGUUCAUGUCAUUGUUCCCUGAGAUGUGAAAGUGAAUGAAAGUACCAUUUUAGUUUGUAUCAAAGUUUCUGCUUUUACCUGUUUUUAAUUUUUAAAAUCCAUUGCUGUGGGUAGAAAGAACAGAGGGCAGGCAGUCAGGAAGUGGUUGCCUCAGUCUGCUGUUUCAAAAACCCUUGACAAUCCUUGGCACCUGAAGCUCUCUCUCAUUUAUAUUAUUUGGUUAUAUAAAAGUGCACAGUUGAUUGUCCUGGGAACUCUGUGGAUAUUUGAUCCCACUGGAUGACAAACUUGAAUUCCUGCAUCCAAUACUCAUUAUGACGUUGUGCUGCAGCAGCAGAGAAAGUGGCCCAAACUCCUGCUUUUCCUCUUUUGAAACCUUUGACAUGUAGCAUGGACUCGGCUGCUCUGUCACUUCAGAUGAAGAACACCUUCAGAAAAAACACUGAAGACGCUGCACUGCUAAAACGCCAUCAACUCACUUCCGUAUGGAACUAGGCCCCAAAUCCACUCUGUGAAUAUUGAUCUUAGAAAACACAUACAUGUAUUGCUCUGGAAACAAGUUCAAAAAUCUUAAAGAACAUGUACAUUUAUUUUUUAGGAGUAAGACUGAAUAUGAAGUGUACUUGUUGCCGCUAGUUUCAUUCUAGACAAUCACUUCUGCUGUGGGUUUUGUUUGGUCUGAACUACCACUCGGGGGUUGUAGCGGUUUUUCAGCUCAGUAAGCAAAUGGCAACCUGACUGGUCAACUUUUUCCGACCAAAUGUGCAAGAGCCAAUAGCUUGGCAUGUAGCAAAAUUAACAGCAGCGCAUUUUCUUACAAAAGAGUCAAUCACAACUACCAAUGGUAAUGUAUGCAUCUUUCCGUCUAUUUAUGCACUUUUAAUUUAGUCUUAAAACCUUGAGUGAAAAUUGGAGAAAGAAAAGUUGUGGUCAUCCCUUCAAAUAUUUUACCCCAAACCCUGUCUGACUAAACAGUGGAAUCACUCUCUAUAAAGAGAGAUGCACAGAUUUCUCAAAUCUUUAUGUUCAGUUUUGUUGAGGUUUGGCUGCUAAACAUGGUGUAUGUGGCUCCCAAUGAAUCUUCUUUGGAAAUAAUCAUGUUGCUCUGUGUAAUGUCAAACUUGUGAGGCUUCUUCAGGCUUCUGUCCCAGAACAAAGCUCACACCUGUGAUUGUACUCAAGGUCUGAAUGAAUCUGAAUCCUGUGAUCCUGUGGCAUCAUUAACAAUACACCUGACAUCACUGCUGAUCAUCUUCAGUUCAUUUCUCUGAAAAGUUACUUACUGCAGCAGAGAGAGGGUCCAUCACAAUUGACUUUGUGAGCAGUAGUUUGUCAACAUUAUAGUUGUGUGGUAGUUUAUUGUUGCUCGCAAGGGCUGUCCUCAAAUUUGCCCCAACAUUCGAGAUUAGACACCUGCUUCUCUUUAUCAUGCGAUGCCUGAACUGAAAAAUUAAAGUUUCACACUUUUCAUAGAAAUGACCUGCAUUCAUCAGCUGCGUUGAACAAACUAUGUCAGUCAUGCCUUUACCAGAGAACAUGUAACAAAGAAAUUCUUGUUAUUUUGUCUGAAAAACAAUCAAACUAACAAAACAUUAGUCACUAACACUUUAAACACUUUUGCCUCAACAGAAAUGUGCAUGAUGUCCAUUCAUGGGUUAAAUUCAGUUGCCUGUGUUUGUGAUUCAUGAUCGUUUUGUUUUGAUUUUGUUUUAAAUCUGUUGUGUUUUAAAGUCAUUGCUAACGCUUUUAUUUUAUUGUGCCAUAUGGAUUCCUGUGCCUAUAGAAAUCUAUAACGUCAAAUGUCUUUAUGUUUGACGCUCUGGUAAAAAUUUCUACACUUAGCACAUACAAUGUCAUUAUGUGUUUUGAUUUGGAGUUAAUUUAUUGCCAUUUACACCAUAAAAUGUCAUGAAAAAAAUGAGAAAUGAGAAAUGAUUAGUUUACAGUCAAAUCUAGUUUGCCAAGCUCAAUCCAAAGAUCAUGACUAUGACAUUUUUGUGUAGAUUAAUUAAACAAGAAAUAUUUAGAUGUUGACUAUAUUGUCACUGUGGAAAGCCAUGUUUUUUUCAGUUAAACUAAGCUUUCAGUUGUCUUUUUAAUGAGGCAAGAGAAAACUUUCAUGUCCCCAGCUGUUCCUGUUUGGUCACUGUCGUAAAGACCCAGCAGUAGCAAAACACCAGUGUUGUGUCACAAUAAGCACCUCUGUGUGAAAAACAUGAUCACUAUUCUCGUCAUUGUUUUGGAUACAGAAUAACACAAUUCCUUGGUAUUGCCUUGUCUAAGUGGCCAAGAGAAGAACACUGCGUCAGCAAAGCCCACAGGAGACUGAAGUGGAUGUUGCCACUUUUCUCAAUUUUAACAUCCUAAUGACAAGUUUAAACAAAAUCAUUGACUAUUUCAGUCCUCAUUUCCCCAGCUCUACAUUCAGCCCUGUCACUUGUAAUUACCUGACAUGCAUACAGUGUGUGAAAGUAUUAGCCUGUGACAGAGCUGGAGUGUUUGUUGUGACUCUUGAGCGCGGGUGAAUCCUGCAGCCUGAAAACUUUUGAGCACUUGUAUUGAAUCACAACUCUGUGCUGGGACUAUUUGUUUUCAUUAUUCUGUGCAAUCCCGUCCAACUGAGAGGAUGGUUAUUAAGUUUAAGUUUCAUUCUGGCUCUUUAUGUUUAUGAGUUUUUAAAUACACUAACCCAUACCAUUUGAGGUUUUGGAAAAUAAUUUAACCAAAAGAGUGUAUGACCAUGUAAGGUAUGGCAGAGCACAUAUUUGUAUGUAUGAAUAUAAUAAAAUAUGUAUAAUAACAAUUUAA